UCUCAUUUCUCAAUGAUGAUGUUGUUACGGAAGCAGCAUUCUUUGGCCAACUCCAUUGCAACCAUCACUGCUCUAUCAUCCCUAACAACACUCAAUCCUUCCACACCCAGAUCAGGCACAACAAGAAAUGUUGAAAUCAACAACAAAUUUCACAAUCCAUUUGUCAUUGGAGGACCCAAGAGAUUUUACUCUUUAUUUGAAACUGUUCCUUACACGAAACGAACCCGUUUUAUUUGUCUAGCAACAACUUUUGAGAGGAAUGUAACAAAGGGCUUUGAAGAAUACAAACAAAGGUUUGAAGGACGUACAAUGCCUCCAACCCAUCAAGAAAGUGUAAGGCUUACAAAGAUUCUCAAUAAUAUUAUUGAUGCAUUGCUGAGAGAGAGAAACAAAAUGAGCCAUGAAUCUGAGUGUACCAUUUCACAUUUGGAUGGAUUAAAUUGGGAGGUUUUGGUAGUUUUUUUAACUAAUAUGUCUGUCGGAUGUUUUCCCAAUGGGAAGAUAGUUCUAAGCUGGGAUUUGAUUAGGCAUUUUCCAAGUGAUGCAGAGAAAGCAACUAUAAUUGCACAUGAGGUAUUUUAUGACUUUUGUUUUGUCUAACUCUUUGUUUUUAUAGUAAACUACUACCUGGUUUUAAAUUGUGGCCGCGAUUGCGAAUUCAUUGUGACUCUUGACAUUAUACUA